GGUGGACUCAUCUUCCUUCAGAUGGCAAACACAUUGGUCAAGUCAGUCAAGAAAAAGCAUCUGAAACCUGGUGAAACUUCGUUGAAGAUUCCAUGAUAUUCCAUGCUGACGUUUAACGCGUUAUGCAAUCAAAUCGUCAAGAGAGAAGACAAACAGACAUGGAGAAUGGUCACCAUACACAAUCAUCAGGAUCUGAAAAACAUACAUCCAUUCAUGAUUGUGCUCAGUCUGGGGAUAUAGAAGGGUUUCAGAAGCUAAUUCAAGAUGACCCAUCCCUUCUCAAUUCAAAAACCGCAAUUAAGUUGGAGACACCCCUUCAUCUUUCUGCUAGUAACAACAGGACAGAUAUAGUGAAAUUCCUGCUUGAAUGGAAAGGAGAUGAUAAACUUGAUUUGGAAGUAAAAAAUAUGUAUGGAGAAACUCCAUUGCAUGUAGCAGCCAAGAAUGGGUGCGAUGAAGCGGCAAAAUUACUUCUCGCUCAUGGUGCUCUGGUUGAAGCCAAAACAAAGUAUGGAGUGACACCACUAAUGCUUUCUGUUUGUUACGCAACUCGAGCUGAAGACUGCUUAAUUGUCGAGACAUUGCUCGAGAAAAAUGCUGAUUGUGAUGCUACAGAUGAUGAGAACAUGACUCCUAUAGAUCAUAUUUCAAAAAUCCAAGAAAGUGGGAAGUUGCUUGACCUAUUACUCUCUCAUCAAGUGAAACAACGAAAGGAAAGGCUAGAUGAAGCAUGCAAGAAGCAGAAAGAAAGGAUGGAUGCCCUCGAAAAAGAGCUAUCUGAUAUUGUGGGUCUGGAUGAACUUAAGAGGCAACUUCGGAAAUGGGCGAAGGGCAUUCUUUUGAAUGAGAGGCGCAAGGCCAUUGGACUGAAAAUCGUUACUGCUGGAAGACUUCCUCACAUGGCAUUUCUAGGAAACCCUGGAACAGGUAAGACAAUGGUGGCUCGAAUCCUUGGAAGACUACUCCAUAGUGUGGGAAUUUUGCAAACUGACAAAGUAAAGGAAGUUCAACGGACAGAUUUAAUUGGUAAAUAUAUUGGUCAGACUGGACCAAAGACCAGGAAGAAGAUCAAAGAAGCCGAGGGAGGUAUUCUUUUUGUUGAUGAAGCAUAUCGGCUGAUACCCGAGGAGAGAAGUGGUAAGGACUAUGGGUUAGAAGCGUUGGAAGAGAUCAUGUCUUGUAUGGACAAUGGAAAAGUUUUAGUCAUAUUUGCAGGCUACAAUGAAGCAAUGCAACGUGUGAUAUCUUCUAACGAAGGUUUCAGCAGAAGGGUUACUAAUAUUUUCAAUUUUAAAGAUCUGAGUUGUGAAGAAUUGGCUAAUAUUCUCCAUAUCAAGAUGAAAAAUCAGUCGAAGGAUAGCUUGUUAUAUGGGUUCAAAUUGCAUUCCUCUUGUACUGUAGAUGCCAUUGCAGAGUUAAUAAAGAGAGAGACAAUGAAAACGCAGCGUAUGAAAAUGAAUGGAGGUUUAGUGGAUAUAAUGUUAAGUAAUGCUAAGGGGAAUCUGGAUCUUAGGCUCAGUGAUGAUUGUUCGGAUAGGGAAGAGCUGCUUACUAUCACAUUAGAGGAUUUUGAAGCAGCUAUGGAGUCUGUACCCGAAUGUUUUGCAUAAAACAGUUUAAAUUAUAAAAUAAUAAUAAUAAUAAUAAUCUCUUCUAGCGUUUGAGUGUUAUUAUUAAGUCUUCUGGCUUUAUGCCUGUUUACAUGUUUCAGUGUUAAUUAAGAACUUUUAAUUUGUAGUUCUACUGCUUUA